CUUAAUAUUUUUUUCAGAUCGUUUCGGAUUUCGUAUUAUCAGAAAAUAUCAAUGAUAAUAUUACCUUUAAUCGAACAUUCGAAAUAGACAAUGAGAAACGAGUUCCGGUUGGUUUAGUAAAAUUAAUUGUGACGGCAAUGGAGAAAUCUUCAAACAAAACAGCGGACGGUGAAGGGCGAGCUAUUUAUUGGUAUCCCACCCCUUGCAGUUUUCGAGCUGAGGGAGGGUACACCUGUUACAGUUGUAGAGAAUCACUACACUGCCUGCCCGGUAAUGUGGGGCUCUUGGCGUUUUGCUAUGGACGUCGACCAUACUGCAGUAAUGGAGUCUGUUCUGAUGUAAAUGAAGAAAAGUGUUAUGAUACCCAUAUCGCGAAUACUACCAAUGUUGACGCCCACGAAAACAUGGUCGAGCAGUCAGCAAAGUUAGAAAGUAGCGUAAAUCCUGAUUGAUUUGUAUGUUUUAUUUUGUAUGUAUUUAAUUUAAAUAUGAAGUAAAAGCAAA